AUGGUACUGUACGUCGGCAGCAUGAGCGAUGGUGUAUACCAAGAAACGGAAUUGUACAAAAACAAGCUGGAAAUCAUACCAUGGCCGCUCUUUCCGCAAAAGUCAAAAGCAUCUCCAGACAGUUUGCACUUGAAUGCUCGAUCGCACCGUGUAUCGCAGGCUGCCGCAUUCACAGACUGUUGGCUGCGAUUCGCACCCAUAUCGCAGCGUGUGACGAUGAGCGAUUUGGCAGCGAUUCAAUUUCCCGUGGCUCGCAUCGAAAGGACUAGGUAUGAAAAUCUACAGUUCUCAGGAAAUAGUUCAGUCUACCCUACACCCAUAUAAUU